AGUGAGGAAGGAGUUAAUCAUUGCAAAAUAGUCAUUUCCUGAGCCCUCUGGUUGGAUGAGUAAAAACUUUCAACUAUUUCUAUUUCUUCUGUGUCAUUUAAGAGGCUUUCAAGGUGCACUGUACCUCUCAGACCAGCUCUUACUCAUAGAGGAAAUCUGAUCUGCUGCAGCACGGAAACAUCAGCGGUGAGAUGGCGAGACAAAUUCCUUAGGGAACUGCCUGUUUUCAAGCCAAGUUUUCAUGAUACGAUCCAGCUGGCUUACAGGGAUCAACAACCCACUUGUGAAUAAUGGUUAAAAACGAAUCCCACCUGGACGUUUUGACGCUGGCAAUGCUCCAGAAUAAAACUGUCUCCAUCACCCUCCCAGUUGUGUAUACAGUGGUGGCUCUAAUCAGCAUCCCUGGCAACUUGUUCUCCCUUUGGGUGCUCUGCAGUCACAUCAAACCGAAAACACCUUCUGUUAUCUUCAUGAUCAACUUAAGCAUCACAGACCUUAUGCUGGCCUGCUGUUUUCCCUUCCAGAUUAUUUAUCACAUCCAAAAUAAUGACUGGACAUUUGGCAAGACUCUUUGCAGCCUUGUGACAGUGAUGUUCUACUCCAACAUGUAUUCUUCCAUACUGACCAUGACCUUUAUCAGCAUGGAGCGGUACAUGGGUGUGGUACACCCCUUGAAGCUGAUCAAGUGGAGAAGAAAAAGGUAUGCCUUGGCUGCCUGCCUAGCUAUGUGGAUUUUCUUGCUACUAGCCUUCUACCCACUAGAAACUACAGAUCUGACCUAUGAAGUGAAAGAAUUAGGGAUUAUAACCUGUUUUGAUGUCCUAAAAUGGGAUAUGCUGCCCACCUUUGCAGCCUGGGUAGCCUUUCUCCUCACUUUAUUCAUUUUGCUCUUCCUGAUCCCUUUUAUUGUAACAGUUGGAUGCUACAUUGGUAUCAUUAGGAAGCUAAUUCAGACAUCGAGCAGAUAUGGUAAUAAGCAGAAGACUAGAUCCAUAUACCUGGCAACAAUUGUCCUUCUGGUGUUCAUCACUUGCUUUGCCCCCAAUAACUUCAUCCUACUUGCACAUAUGAUCAGCCGCCUAUUUUACAACAGCAGUUUGUACCCUGCCUACAAGCUCACCUUGUGCCUCAGUUGCCUCAACAACUGCAUAGACCCCUUCAUUUAUUAUUUUGCAUCAAAAGAAUUUUACCAGAAAUUCAUGCAAUUGUUUUGCCCUACGGUGCUGCUCAGCGACAGCUUGGAAAACAGAAGGGAAAGUUUAUUCUCUGGCAGGACCAUGUCAGUCAGAUCAAUGUCAAGUGGACCUAUGGAUGGGUUAGAGGGAGUAAAGGUCAAUUUGCAAAGGCAGGAAAGCGUUUUUUAGCUUUAGAUAUUCCCAGAAGAAAGACACCUGUGAAACUCAUGAGUAGACACAGAAGACAUUUCCUUUUGAAUGGCCAUGCUCAAAAUACCUUGCUCCAGUGACAGAACUCAAGCUAUACUUAAAUUGCACUUCAGCAUUUUCUGAUUAGAAAUGGAAGUCCUAAAGGAACGGAGUUUAUUCAAGAAGGCACUGAAGCAAAUCCAACAGGGUUAGCCUGGAAAUAGCCUUGCUGCAUAAGACCAAGGGAUAGGUUUAGAACAAAAGUCACUCUCAGGUUGUAUGAUAGUUAACCAAAGACUUAUGAUUCUCAGUGAAUGUGAAAUAUUACUGUACAUGAAUUAGAGCAUACACCAAAGCUGGUUUGGGAGUUGUUUUUCUAAGAAAUGUGCUAAUCUUUGGUUUUGUUUUUACUAUAUUUUUUUCUCUCUUGUAUUUCUAUAAAAGAAAGAAUAAAAGUAGCAUGGCAUUUUACCAUUAAUGCAUAAUGCACAGCCACUGUGAAUUCACCACAAUACUCACCCAACUGCUUAUCAGAGUCAAACCACACUGACACUUGAAAAGGUUAGGUUGACUCAUAUUAUUUAUUUCAAUUCUAUACAGCAAAACAUCUCAUACAAUGAAAGGAAAGCUACAACUAACAACGUUUGCAAAUACUUCUGCAUUUCUUGAAGUUAUUAAUUUCUCAGGACUGUGGUGAGCAUUUUUUUUAAGGAAACAGACUUUCCCACAUUAACCUGUUACAGUACCAAUGCUGCUUGUAUGUGGUUAGUAUCAACUGGACAUUUUCACCAGUUCACUGUUGGCUAUGCAUAGAAGAACCAUCCCCUCAGCAGACUUUAGCUUUACACAGUGCCUGGGGAGUGAGCUUUCCUUCCUUACAGAGAUGGUGUGGAUUAUAAACCAGAUUUUCAGCUGGAUAAAUGAAAAUUCAACCACAGACUGGAGAGUGAUUCUGUGCCAGCAGAAACCAGCUGAAAACUUUUCACGAUAGCCAGAUGUCAGAAACUGACUUCUUUCAGGCAGGCAAAAAGAAAGAAGAAAAGAAAGAAGAAAAUAAGUCUUGAGAAUGGGAGCUGUACCAAACAUCCUGAAAAAAAGCUAUGGCAGGUAGAUUGAGCGGUCGCGUAUUUGGAACCCUUCUCUGAAAUAUCUUUCUACAGCUUGUUUGCAUAUUCCACGCCAUGUGUAAUUCUUUUCACCUCUCAACAAAUGCCUGUGUGCUUGGAAAGAGAAGUGCUACAGAAGUUGCACUGGGAAUAGACAAAAGAAAAGCUUUUCUUGUAAUACUUACAGCUCUUUACCUACAUUUGACCUUCAUGGACAGAGGAGAGCCACAAACCACCUGAGAACACCGGGCAAGUUCCCCUCACAAGCAAGGCAAAGCUAUUCCAUAUUUUGCUGUGCUGCAACUCCAUCCAACACUGAGGAGGAAGCUGUCUGCAGCGUUGUGGAUAGUUGUUUCAGACAUCACAUGCUGCACUGAUUCCUGAGCUCCUGUGCCUAAGUAAUAGGCAACAGCCAAGGCCCUUAAAAUCUGCCAUUUUUCUUUGGGUAUCUCAUGAUUAAAAUAUAAUUUUCCACCACUAAUUACCACGACUUUCUUCACAAUGUCGUGGAAAACCACAACAUGCACAGUGAGAUAUUUGAACGUCCUAUCUUCUGCUAAAGUAUUGUCAGGUUUUUGGAGCAGAAUAAAUGUGAGUGGACCUAGGACUACCGUUUACAAGGCAAUGUGAACAUUCAAUGCUUCGUGGCAUUUCACAGUGUUAGUUUUAAUUGAUCUGCACAUUUGCUGUGUACAAGGCCAACCUUAGUGAUAUGUAACCCAGCCAAACUCUCCCAUCAAUUUGCCUGGAAGCUACCUUUCACUAUUAAUUUUCACAUGAUUCCAGCUUUCUCACUAUCACAAUUGUUUAGCUGUUUUCUGCAUUUUGUUGUGGCAGAAACUUUUUUUGAAGUUUAUACUGAAAUCUCUCUCAUUUUUCUUUUUUUAACAUCAAAAUAUUUUUACAUUGAAAGCCUUUAUUUCUCCUACAUCUAAUGCAGACUUUGUUUUAUCUUGAACAUGGUCCUCAAGUACAUAGUCCCUCCUAAAAUAUGCUGCAAAGUGCCUGAACUGUAACUGACACAAAAUAGAGCCAAAAGGGCAGAAACCUUGCACUUUGGACAUCAACUGCUAUAUUUUAAAAAAUAGUUAAUUGUUCCUUUUUCAGGAGAAAAAAGAUGCUCACAGCUGACUGAAAAUAUUCCCUCCAGCCUCAUGCAGCUCUUCAUAACCCUUCAUCUCUCUUCUGACAAUGUUUAGAAAGGAACAGGAAGGAUGCCUCAUUCAAGUACACUUCAUGCCAUUUCACUAACUAGCCUCUAGUUAGCUCAGAUUCCUCUUUGGGUCAGUGGCAUUGUUCCUUGAGAAAGGAAUAUAAAAAUGAACCCAGCAACAGCAAUCCUUCGAGUCUGAUGGUGUAUACUAUGAAGCCUUGGAGAAUUUUUAUUAGAGAGACGAGAAUAAAUUAUUAUUAAAAGUGGCCCAUCAUACUGUUCUUUAAUCCUGGAAACAUAUUCUUCUGGGACAUCAUAAGAAUAAUGACUUCUACCCUCCCUGAUCAGUGGGUGUGAGUUGACAUCUAUAUAUAUAAACAUAUAAAUUCAUACACAUAUAUGUACAUUGCAAUUUGUGAGGUUAUUGAGAAGUUCAUGUCCAAACUACCCUCAGUUUGGGGAAUAUGAGCCCUGGGCAGCUUGCUUACUUGUAAGCAUUACUGUGUAGUUAAUGUAAUUUUAUUGAAAAGACAAGAUAUAAAGGCUUCUGUUUAUUUUUGGGGUUGGGAGGGGAGUUUGUGUUUUGUUUUGUUUUUUUAAUUAACGUAUAGAAAUUUAAUCUAUGAAUGCGCUUGAACUUUUUUGUACAUAUAAUGAUAAUAAUUAAAAAAAUAGAAAAAAGAACAUGAUUUAAGAUUCAUUCCCUUGUUUUUACCUACCAUGUGUGAAAAACUUCCAAACAUAGAAGAGGGCAGGGAAAUCAAGUUACGAAAUAAAAUUAGUCUGUUUCUCAUUGUUA